GGGGCGGGGCGGGGGCAGGCCUUGGGGGGGGUGCUGGGAGAGGGCUCCACCGCCACCCUGCUGCCGCCCACCUGCAGGGUGCAGCCAUGACCUGGGGCCGCUGAGCCCAUGGGGAGCCUCGCGGCCCUGCUCCUGCCUGCCCUUCUGCUGCUCACUGGCCUCGGGGCCUCCGUUGGCAAGGGGGGACCUCGCCCACUCUGCCCGGAUCAGGCUGCCACCACUGGGCCUCUGCAGGGCUGCUCCCACCUCUUGGUCCAGAAGGCCCGGCCCUGCAGGAGACACAAGAUGCCCACUGUGACUCAGAGAAGGCUGCUGAGUAGCUGCCGGGGGGCCAGGUCUGGCCAUCCUGGCUCCUUCGCCUCCCCAGCCAUCUCCCCUAAGAGGCUUCGCUCCAAAAGGACCCAGCCACAGCACCAGGAGACCAGUGAUGGCGUCCCCAGACCCAGCCCCCAAAUGCCCAAUGGAGGGCCUGAGUUCACCUUUGACUUGCGGCCCGAGGCCCGGGCUGUCCGCGUGACCAUCCCUCCAGGCCCUGAGGUCCACGUGCGUCUCUGCCAUCAGUGGGCAUUGGAGUGUGAGGAGCCCAACAGCCCCUUCGAUGGCCAGGAGAUGGUGUCCGGCGGUCAUUCUGCGGACCUGCACUAUGAGUUCCUCCUGCCCUGCCUGUGCAUUGAGGCAUCCUACCUGCAAGAGGACACCAUCAGACAUAAGAAGUGUCCCUUCCAGAGCUGGCCAGAAGCCUAUGGGCCUGACUUCUGGCAGUCCGCGCACUUUGCCGACCACAGCCAGCACAUGCAGAUGGCCAUGGCUGUGACCCUCCGCUGCCCACUGACGCCGGGGGCCACCCUCUGCCAGAGGCAGGGCCGCCACGCGCCAUGCGAGGACCUCCCCAACGCCGCCGCUCAAGAGUCCCAGGGGCUGUAUGUUCUGGAGAAAGUGGACUUGCACCCCCAUCUCUGCUUCAAGUUCACUUUUGGAAACAGCAGUCACGUGGAAUGUCCCCACAGAGCCACCCCGACCUGGAAUGUGAGCCUCGAUGCCCAGCCCCAGCAGCUACUGCUCCACUUCUCCACCCUGGCACAGGCCACCUUCAGCGCUGCCUGGAGCCAGCCGGGCCUGGGCCUGGGACAGAAUGGCUCAGGGACCCCCGUGUAUAGUGUCAGUCAGACUGAGGGCUCCAGCCCAGUGACCCUGGACCUCAUCAUCCCCUUCCCGAGGCCCGGGGCCUGUGUUCUGGUGUGGCGGUCAGAUGUCCAGUUUGCCUGGAAGCGCCGCCUGUGCCCAGAUGUGUCACACAGACGCCUGGGGCUGCUGGUCCUGGCGCUGCUGGCCCUUGGCAUCCUCUCGGGCCUGGGCCUGGCCUUCUCUCGCCGGUGCCCACUGACAGGCCCGGUGCUGCUGCUGCACGCGGCCGAGUCGGAUGCGCAGCGGCGGCUGGUGGGCGCGGUGGCCGAGCUGCUGCGCGCGGGCCUGGGCGGGCGCGAGGUGCUGCUGGACUUGUGCGAGGGCGCGCGCGUGGCGCGCCUGGGCCCCGGGGCCUGGCUGUGGGCGGCGGGGGCGCGCGUGGCGCGGGAGCGCGGUGCCGUGCUGCUGCUGUGGAGCCGCGGCGCCCAGGGCCCCCGCGGCCCCGACCCCCGCGCCCUGCCCCGCGUCGGUCCGCGCCCGCUGCUCGCGCACUUCAGCCGCCUGUGCGCGCGCGCCGACCUCCCGCCGCCGCUGCGCGCGCUCCCGCGCUACCGCCUCCCGCGCGACCUGCCCCGUCUGCUGCGCGCGCUCGGCGCCCGGCGCGUCCCCGGCCUGCGCGCGCUCCUGGAGCGGUGCCGUCGCCUGGAGCGCGAGGCCGCCGCGCAAACGGACUGCGCGGCCCCCUGAGCCGCUCGCGCGGGCCCCCGACCCCGAGAGCGGACCUGGAGCUGCGGGGGCACGCUCCUCACGGCGGGACAGCCGCGCGCGCACACGCGGGAGCUCGGGGGCGCGCCUGGGAGCGAGGGGUGGUGGUGCGCGCACGCGCUCCGUCCUGCCUGCAAAGGAGGGAGCCCCACGGGGGCCGCGCUGGCCGGUGCUGUGGACACCCAGGCCCCGGGUGCCGAGUUCGACCCCCGUGGUCGCUUGGGCAAGGGUGGUGCUCUGGUGCUGCCUAUGUGAUGUUAAUAAAUCCGUAUUUGUUUUAAGAA